CAUUAUUUCUUUAUUUUCUAUUUUCUAUUUUCGUAUAUCCUUAUCCUUAUCGUUGAUUCUAUUUACUUUUUUAAUUUCAUUUCGUCAUUAUUGGUCUUAUGUGCGCUUAGUCUGCAAGCAUUCAUGGAUAUUGACGCCGCCAGAAUUAUCGUCAACCCAACCUGAUUCCCUUAGUUCCUUAUUUCAUUGACACCUCCUCUCAAGGCACGAUACUUUGAAAACUUACAUUUAACAUUUAUCGUCGGAUUGCAACUAAUACCAAAAGUAGUCGGUGCACGCAUGCAGCUUUUAUAUCUUUUCUACUACAUGCGCAGUAUUGUUUCCAUAACGUACUAAGAAGGAGAAAAGUUCACGGCGGAAUAUUUUUUUCUCGUCGCAAUCUUAUUAUUAUCGAAGCCCCGGAUUUCUGCACAUCUCGUCGAAUCCACCCCUGGUCUGCUGUCCGCUCAUGGCCUCGGCCACAACCGCCAUCUCGCACCAUCAUCACAUCCAAAAUCCACAUACGACCACUAUCAUCUCCGAUCAAUCCAAUUCUUCUCUUCAGCCACCGCCGAACUUACAGCGCCAAUCCAGCUCUUCCGCAUUGAUAUCAUCCUCCCAAUUCCCCCCUUCAUCCCUUGAUAACAAUAGCGGCGGCGUAGGCGCUGCCUCCGACAGCGUCAAAAUGUCGCAAUCACAACCCUCGUCGCAACAGUCUUUUACUACAAUGAGCCAACCAAGUCAACCUUAUAGACAAUUCUCCGACUCAAAUAUGAGGUUAGGCAAUGGGCAUGCGCACGAUCAUGAAGCGCCCCAGAUCUACUCGGCUGUCUAUUCUGGCACUGAUGUAUACGAGAUGGAGGUUAACGGGGUCGCCGUCAUGCGCCGACGUGAAGAUAGCUGGUUGAACGCAACGCAAAUUCUCAAGGUAGCUAAUAUCGAUAAGGGCAAGAGGACAAAAAUACUUGAGAAGGAAAUACAGACGGGCGAACAUGAGAAGGUGCAGGGCGGCUACGGAAAAUACCAAGGCACAUGGAUUAAGUUCGAGCGAGGUGUUGAGGUGUGCCGCCAAUAUGGUGUUGAACAACUACUUCACCCUCUCCUAACAUACGAUAUGGGCCAAGACGGAGGCAUUGCUGGUAGAGGUGACUUUAACACUCCUACUAAGGAGCAAGCUAUGGCUGCCCAGCGCAAGAGGAUGUACAGCGCAAGCCAAGAAGGGCGUGUUAAUGGGCUAUCUGGGACCUUCUUCAAGAAUAUCUCGAGCACGGCAUCUAAUGCGGUCGCUGCGAUUAGCAAAGCUCGCUUCGAUUCCCCUGGCCCAAGAGGUCGUAACGGUCCGACGAGGCCCCCUAGUUUUAGCCGCCAGUCCUCGAUGCAAAAUGUCGACGAAUAUCCUGGAAAUUCACAACAGAGCUUCACCUCCGAGCAUGGCCAAAAUGUUGAUUCAGCAUAUUCUACACAGAAUACCCAGAUCUUUAAUGGCGAGGAGCCGCCGCGGAAGCGACAAAGAGUCGUUACACCGGCAGAUAGUUUUGGGUACAAUUCUCAGUCCAUGGAGAUGUAUGCCAAUGCCUUUCCUGGUUCGCCGACUGAACUCAACGACUCCUUCGCCUACCCCCAAGCAGGUGUCGACGUCCACGAAAACGAUGUUGUUCCUCUCCCCCCUUUACCUUUUGAGAUGUCUCCUGAGGCAGACCAAAAACGUAGGUUAUUAAUGGGGCUCUUCCUGGAUCCUAACGCCAAUAUCUCGGAUUACUCGCAGAAUGAAGCUUUACAGACGCUGUCACCCUUGGAUCUGGAUUCUCCAAUUGAUGCGUCAAGCCAUACUGCCCUUCACUGGGCUGCUACGUUGGCCAGGAUGCCUCUCUUACGAGCGCUGAUAUCAGCUGGGGCGAAUCCUUAUCGCGUCGACGCAUCGGGCGAAACGGCGUUGAUGGGAGCUUCAGCGGUAACGAACAACUCCGAUCAAGUGUCAUUCCCCGAAUUGCUCGAUAUCUUAGGUAACACCAUCGACGUUAGAGAUAACAAGGGCCGCACGGUUCUACAUCACAUUGCUCUCGCGAGUGCUGUAAAGGGUAGGAGCCAUUCCAGCAGAUACUAUCUCGAGAGCCUUCUCGAGUGGGUUGUGAGACAAGGGAGCGCCCCAAGUAGUCAAAACACAGCGGCCAACGGUAUCUCAAGCCAGCCGAAGAUGAAUAUUGGGCGAUUCAUGAGCGAGAUCGUCAAUGCUCAAGACAAGUCAGGGGACACCGCUCUGAAUAUCGCAGCCCGAAUCGGAAACAGGAGCAUCAUCUCACAGCUACUCGAGGUGGGCGCUGAUCCUGGAAUCGCGAAUAAGGCAGGUUUGAGACCCGUCGAUUUCGGCGUGGGUGAGGGUGUUGACGAGGAUGGAACAAAUGGCGAUCUCAUGGCAACUGAUAAGACCAACCUUAUGAGCAACUCCCAAAAGACCCGAGAGAGCGCUGCUGACAUUAUUACUUCUAUCACUCAUCUCUUGAAUGAGACCUCUACUAGUUUUCAAUCCGAGUUGAAAAAGAAGCAACAAGACAUUGAUUCUCUUCAUGCCUCCUUAAGGACUACAUCUACCCAGUUAGGCGAUGCACGUCGUCAGCUGGAGACGUUAACGACAGCUUUCAAAUCGCAAUCUCUUACGCGCCAAAAGAUAAACAAUCUCAACCGAGGCCGCGAUGAAGAACAAAAGCGCAUGCAACGUCUCGAACAAAGUUACGGGCGAUUAGACACGAGCAGAGCGUGGGAAUCGGAGCUCAGCGCCGCAUUGAAUCCUGCGGAAGGAGACGGACCAAACGCGGCCUUAUUACCCAGUUCCACAGUCCUUCGCGCGCGCAUUCAAGCACUUCGAGGUAGGACCGAUGCUAUGAAGCAGAGCGUAGGCACUCUUAAGGGCCGUAGUAAGGACGUGGAGGUCAAAUAUCGACGAGUGGUCGCGUUAUGUACCAACGUGCCGGAAAGUGAGGUUGAUAUUGUCAUAGACGGCUUAUUACGUGCCGUGGAGAGCGAGAAGGGAGAACUUGAUUCUGGUCGUAUACGAAGAUUCCUCGGCGGCGUUGACGGUGUGCAGUAAUGAGUUCGUACAGGACAAUGGUUUUGGGGGCGUACUGGGGGGAUUACCAGGCAGGUCUCUCACGACUUGAGGGCGGCAUCGGUGGGCUUUGCAUUUUGUCUAUGUUAGAUUUUGAGACCCAAUGCGUAUUCCAGGGGGGGUAUCAUGACUUUACGUCCAGCAUCAUCUACGACCGGCUGUAUAUAGGCAAACCCUACAUUUUGCGGGAAACAGGAAGCCAUGGCUUCGCAGUUGUAUAUGAUGAACUUGUUGUGUUGCGGAACCUCUGUUACUUGGUGGUCAACUUUCUUGUUCGAGCUGCCAAGUU